UGGCGCUGCGGGCUGACGGAGAGGAGUCGCGAGCAGCUGGAGCGGAGUUGGAGGGAGCGGCGGCGGCGACGAGGGCAGCGGGCUAGCGGGUUGGAGCCGCCGAGCUCGGAUCGGGAACGGUGGGCGAGUCGGGGCCAGGUCAGAGGCGCGUCGGAGGCCGCCGCUGCAGCCUGGGCCCCGCAGAGGAAGGAAGCCGGCCGGCGGGGGAGGUGAAGCUCGCGUGUGGAGUGACACAGUGUAAUCAGACGCCAGAUGGACAGUGUGACAAGAGUGUCAGAAAGGAUUGGGCCGCGCUGCGAGAAUCAGCCUGGAGGCCAAGUGUUGACGAGCUGCUGAAAAGGAAGCCAGUGGGAGCACUGCGGGCCGCAGAGGAAGUGGGACCCUGUCUUCAGUCGCACCAUUGAUGGAGGACAGAUGGAUAGCCGGACAUCCGGUCACCUCUCCUUUUAAACCUUUGGAGAGUUGUCCCCUGUCCUCUGCUGGACACAUAUUAGGAAUCUUAACACACUCUCUGAAUUCGCUUUCCAUAGAAACGUAAGAUCAGACUGCAGCGUGUCACCAGACUCCUCUGUUGCAUGGUCACAGACUCACCAACAUGAGCGCCGAGGGCUAUCAGUACCGAGCGCUGUAUGAUUACAAAAAGGAACGAGACGAAGAUAUUGACUUGCACUUGGGUGAUGUCUUGACUGUGAAUAAAGGGUCCUUAGUAGCUCUUGGAUUCAGUGACGGACAGGAAGCCAGGCCUGAAGAAAUUGGCUGGUUAAAUGGUUAUAAUGAAACCACGGGGGAAAGAGGGGACUUUCCGGGAACUUACGUUGAAUAUAUUGGAAGGAAAAAAAUCUCGCCUCCCACACCAAAGCCCCGACCACCUCGACCCCUUCCUGUUGCACCAGGUUCUUCGAAAGCUGAAGCAGACGGUGAGCAACAGCAAGCUUUGGCCCUUCCAGAUCUCGCCGAGCAGUUUGCCCCUCCCGACAUUGCUCCGCCUCUUCUCAUGAAGCUAGUGGAAGCCAUUGAAAAGAAAGGUCUGGAAUGUUCAACUCUAUACAGAACACAGAGCUCCAGCAACCCAGCAGAAUUACGACAGCUUCUUGAUUGUGAUGCCGCCUCCAUGGACUUGGAAAUGAUUGAUGUGCAAGUUUUAGGAGACGCUUUCAAACGCUAUCUUGUGGACUUACCGAAUCCUGUCAUUCCAGUAGCCGUUUACAAUGAAAUGAUUUAUUUAGCCCAAGAAGUACAGAGCUCUGAAGAAUAUAUCCAGCUGUUGAAGAAGCUCAUUAGGGCACCUAACAUACCUCAUCAGUAUUGGCUUACGCUUCAGUAUUUGCUAAAACAUUUCUUCAAGCUCUCUCAAACCUCCAGCAAGAAUCUUCUGAGUGCAAGAGUACUCUCUGAACUUUUCAGCCCUCUGCUUUUCAGAUUCCCAGCAGCCAGCUCUGAGAAUACUGAACACCUCAUAAAAGUUAUAGAAAUUUUAAUCUCAACUGAGUGGAAUGAACGACAGCCUGCACCAGCAUUGCCUCCUAAACCACCAAAACCCACUACUGUAGCCAACAACGGUAUGAAUAACAAUAUGUCCUUACAAGAUGCUGAAUGGUACUGGGGAGAUAUCUCAAGGGAAGAAGUGAAUGAAAAACUUCGAGACACAGCUGACGGGACCUUCUUGGUACGAGACGCAUCUACGAAAAUGCACGGUGAUUAUACUCUUACACUAAGGAAAGGAGGAAAUAACAAAUUAAUCAAAAUAUUUCACAGAGAUGGGAAAUAUGGCUUCUCUGACCCACUGACCUUCAACUCCGUGGUUGAACUAAUAAACCACUACCGGAACGAGUCCCUAGCUCAGUAUAAUCCCAAACUGGACGUGAAGUUACUUUAUCCAGUAUCCAAAUACCAACAGGAUCAAGUUGUCAAAGAAGAUAAUAUUGAAGCUGUAGGAAAGAAGUUACAUGAAUAUAACGCUCAAUUUCAAGAAAAAAGUCGGGAAUAUGAUAGAUUAUAUGAAGAUUAUACCCGUACUUCCCAGGAAAUCCAAAUGAAAAGAACAGCUAUUGAAGCCUUUAAUGAAACCAUAAAGAUAUUUGAAGAACAGUGCCAAAGUCAGGAACGGUACAGCAAAGAAUACAUAGAAAAAUUUAAACGUGAAGGCAAUGAGAAAGAGAUACAAAGGAUUAUGCAUAAUUAUGAGAAGUUAAAGUCCCGAAUCAGUGAAAUUGUGGACAGUCGAAGAAGACUGGAGGAAGACUUGAAGAAGCAGGCAGCUGAGUACCGGGAGAUUGACAAACGCAUGAACAGCAUUAAACCAGACCUCAUUCAGCUGAGAAAGACAAGAGACCAAUACUUGAUGUGGUUGACUCAGAAAGGUGUUCGGCAGAAGAAGCUGAAUGAGUGGUUGGGCAAUGAAAAUACGGAAGACCAAUAUUCGCUGGUGGAAGACGAUGAGGAUUUGCCGCACCACGACGAGAAGACCUGGAAUGUGGGCAGCAGCAACAGAAACAAAGCUGAGAACCUACUCCGAGGGAAACGAGACGGCACCUUCCUGGUCCGGGAGAGCAGCAAACAGGGCUGCUAUGCCUGCUCCGUAGUGGUGGACGGCGAAGUCAAGCACUGUGUCAUCAACAAAACGGCCACUGGCUAUGGCUUCGCCGAGCCCUAUAACCUGUACAGUUCCCUGAAGGAACUGGUGCUCCACUACCAGCACACGUCCCUCGUGCAGCACAAUGACUCGCUCAACGUCACCCUGGCCUACCCGGUGUACGCACAGCAGAGACGAUGAAGCUUGGCCUCGGAUCCUGCUCCUGACCUUCAGCCACCCUGAGGCCUCUGCAAAGCACAGGGCUCCUCUCCGGCCUGACCUGUCAUUGAGCUGCGGAAACGAAGCCAUCUGCCUUCAGAUGGGACAAACGAGUAGAGGGGAAGACACGCAGCCUAGCACCGUGCGGUGACCCUACGUCUCUAGUCUGGAGCGCUUGUCCUUCCUUUUGUUUUGGGGGGGUUUUUUUGUUUGUUGGUUUUAUUUUUGGGGUUUUUUUUUUUUUUUUUUUUUGGUUUAAUUUAAGCCACAACAACACACAACACAAGGAGAAAAAGACAUGCAAAAAUCUCUGCGUGCAGGGACAAAGAGGCCUUUAACCAUGGUGCUUGUUCAUGCUUUCUGAAGCUUUACCAGCUCAAAGUGGGGACCUUGGAGACCAGAGGGUGGACAGGCUCCAGAGCCCUGGCCUGCGAGCACUCGCGCCAGGCUGGCUGGGCCUGGGCCUUGCUGUGCACGGUGGACCCAGACACGUGGCACUGUGGAUUAGUUCCUUUUCUAACAGAUGAACGAUAUGUAGCAGAAAGGCACUUCGGCUCACAAGAGACACUCUGGGAGAACAUCGGCUCACGUAUGUUCGGAGGAAAUUCCGUUGUAGCAGAGUGCCAGAAAGUGUUUUGUUUAGACUUUGAAAAACAAAAAAAAGACCCCACCAACGGAAAAAACGGAGCUUGGAAAACAGGACUUUAAAUGACAUUCAUUAUAUAAAAUAUGUACAUAACAGUGGAUGACUAACUAUCAAAUAGAUUUGUAUCAAUACCAAAUAGCUUCUGUUUUGUUUUGCUGAAGGCUAAAUACAAAGUGCUAUGCAAUUCUUAAUUGUCAUUGUUAUCUCAGUUUUAAAUGUACCUUCAGAAUAAGCUUCCCCCGCCCCAUUUUCUGUUGCUUGAAAAUAUUGUCCCUGAUUUUUUUUUGUUAAUAUUCGUUUGUGAUUCUUUUCCUUUUUUUAAAAAAAGAAAUGUACAGGAUGCCAGUAAAAAAAAAAAAAAAAGGCUUCAGAACUAUGAAAUAUUUUACAGUUUUUCUUGUACAGAGUACUUGGCUAUUAGCCCAAGGUUAAAAAGUUCAUAACAGAUUUUUUGGACUAAAUGUUUUGUUGGGCAGUGCCUGAUAAGCUUCAAAGCUGCUUUAUUCAAUAAAAAAAAGAAAGAU